AAUCACAUGCUUUUAGGUUACCAAGCGACAUAAUGUGUAAAUAUUGACAGAAGCUGCAGGAGUAUCAUAUUUUUUGUUGCAUUGACUUCAGGAAAUCAUUAAACUAGCUCUUCACCUGGAGCCGUCGUUUUUAUGAUGAUUUCUCUGCAAGAUUCAGAUCCAGUUAUACGAAACUACAUGAUUAAACAUUCACUUCCUCAGAUAUACAAGGCUUUACUUGCUGGGUUAUGCAUCUCAUGCCCUGAGGAUCCUUUGCUCUUUAUAGAAGAGAAGAUCCUAUCUAUCCUUGAGGAUCAUGAUUUUGAGAUCUGCUGGCACACAUUUAUUGACAAAGACAAACAAAUCUCCUCAUUGGCAAGAGGCAUUGUUUAUGAUAUAUUUGGAAACCCAGAAGACAGCCUGUGUCCGUCACAUUUGUUGGAGAAAGCGUACUCCUGUUAUCGCACCAGCCUGACCAAAAUGUGUUUCACGGGUUGGAAGGGUUAUAUUUCAAAGAAGAAAUUGAAGGCUGCCAGACUCCUGGAGAGAAUGGAAGAGGCUGAGAUGUAUCACAAACAGAGACGGAUAAAACUGGCUUUCAUCAAGUGGACAGCCUGGGUUCAGUUUCGCAAACGGAGGAGGAAUGAUGCCGUGAGGAAGCUACAAAAAGUGCAGGAGUCUGUUCACUGCAGAAACUUCAUCACAGCUUGGCGUCAUGUUGUGCAGGACGCUAAAAGAACAAAGGAAUACUUUAAGAAGCUAGAGAGAGAUUUACAAGAAAGCCAGAUCUCAGGGAGACCACAAAGUGAUGGCCAGGACAGACUAUCACUGCUUCCUAACAAGCUGUCUCUUAAGAUCUUCCAAAGUUUAGGUGUGCGUGAGCUCCUGAAAUGUGCUCAGGUGUGUCGUUCUUGGAAAGCGAUCGCUCAAAUCAGCUCGCUCUGGACUGAGAUCGAUUUCUCCCUUGAGGCCAGCUGGAUCACAGAUCAGACUGUGGAGAGAAUACUGCGUGUGCAUCGCGUCUACGUGAUCUCUGUCAACUUGUGCGGUUGCACACUGGUGCAGGAGUCGAGUUUUAGACGCAUCAGUCAAUGCAGAAAUCUUCAAGAACUCGAUCUCAGUGAAUGCUCACAUCUUAAUGAUGAAAACAUGAAGAUGAUUUUAGAGGGAUGCCGCUCUCUCCUGCAUCUUAAUCUGGCCUUCACUCAUAUCACUAAUGCCACUUUAAGAGUCCUGUCAAGAUGCUGUCUGACGCUGCGGUCUCUGAGUCUCGCAUACUGCACAAGUUUCUCUGAUAAAGGCCUGCAGUAUCUGAGCACAGGAAAAGGCUGCCACAGAAUCACGUAUCUGGACCUCUCUGGAUGUUCUCAGAUAUCUGUGGAUGGAUUUAAAUAUGUUGCUGAAGCUUGCAGCACACUUCAACGGAUUGUGUUAGACGAUCUCCCCACCCUGACUGACACCUGUGUGCAGGUCUUAGUGGCUAAAUGUCCUAUGUUGACUGCGAUUUCCAUACUGGACUCACCGUAUCUCUCUGAUGUGGCUUUCAAAACAAUGGCUGAAGUGAUCAGCCUCACCAAGGUCCAAAUAGAAGGUAAUAAUCGUAUGACGGACAGCGGGUUGAAGGCCCUGUGCCGGAGCUGUCUGAAACUCAGCGAGGUCCAGGUGUCUGACUGCACUCGCAUGACUGACGCCAGCUUGAAGUCUUUAGGAAGUCUGACAAAACUGUGCAACUUAAAUAUCUCAGGCUGUAUCAAGGUCACAGAUAUGGGAAUCCAUUACAUCACUGAAGAAGCAUCUGCUGUGGAACUGCGAGACCUUGAUCUUUCCUACUGCCCAAAACUUACUGACCUGUCCCUGAAGAGAAUAACUCAGAAAUGUAACAAGCUGACCCAGCUGAGUGUGUGUUUCUGUGAGAACCUGACAGAUAAUGGAUUUGAGUGUCUGGACAUUUGUGCUUCUCUCAUCUCUCUGGACAUCACAGGCUGCAAAAUACAUGACAAAGGACUAGCAGCCUUGGGAACUAACCACAGUCUGAGAAAACUAACUGCAUCUGAAUGUGUUUUCAUAACAGAUAAUGGAAUAAAGAUGUUUUGCCAAAACUGUAAAAAGCUGGAGCUUCUGGAUGUGUGUCAGUGUGAGCGUCUGUCUGACCGAGCCAUCAAAGCCCUCUCCUUCUUCUGCAGGACCAUUGCCACAGUCCGAAUAGCUGGAUGCCCUAAACUGACAGAUACAGCAGUGAAGUACCUGACAAGAGUUGGUCACUUCCUGAAGGAGCUGGAUGUGAGUGGCUGUCCUCUCCUGACUGACCGCACUCCUUCCUUUCUACUGUGCAGCUGUCUGCAGCUGCGCUCCAUCAGCAUGCUCUACUGCAAGAACAUCUCCAAACAGGCUGCUCUGAAACUGCAGCACCGUGUGCAACACUGGAAACACAGUAACGAUGACGCCCCCUACAGUCAGGACUAACUACUACAGCUCGACCAGAUCUGGACCAACUGGAGGAACAAGACAUUACAAAACCGACAUUACCUACACUGUGGAAAAAAAUGACAUAUUGUGUAAUUUAUCGGAUUUCAUAAGUAAUCACUUUUUAAGCUUUUUUGCACAAUUAUGAUUCUUUAGUUACUAAAUAUUGAAAAGUACUUAAGCCACUGAAGGGGCUGACAAAAAGGUUUGGAAUUCCUUUAGCAAACCAAAGUUUUUUGGCAUUGGUUAUAAAAGAGGAAAUGUUUUAUAAAAAUUGAAAUUUAUAUAAACUAGAAAAUAUAGGUGGCUUCAUAUGCAGAAAUGGACUGGAACUAUUACAUAU